AUGGCAAUGAUAACAGAGAGUAAUAUUUACUGCGGACCAUGCGAAUCUCAACAUUCCACUAGCGUAGCAGAGUUUUGGUGCCCAAAUUGUGAUGAAGGUUUGUGCUCAAAAUGUAUGGAGUAUCAUAAGGUUUCAAAAGCUUCCCGUAUGCACAAAACUAUAACAAUAGAAAAUUUUACGGCCCUUCCAGAAUUUGUCCGCAACAUAGAUAAUGUGUGUUCGAGUCAUGACAAUACUCUAGACCUUUAUUGCAGUGUCCAUGAAAAAGUCUGUUGUAUGGAUUGCAUAAGCGCUGAGCAUUCGGAAUGUCCAGGUAUAACGUCACUGAACAAAGUAGUUCAGGGGGUCAAGGAAUCAGCCUUUUAUCAUAGCGUUGUGGAAAAUAUCGAAGAUCUCACAGAGUUUGCCACCAAACUUCAAACUAAUCGUAAAGAUAAUGUAGAUAAACUGCAACACGAAAAAGACUUGCUCAUCAGAAAAGUAAAAUCCAAACGUGCAGAAAUUGAAUCUCAUUUGGAUAAAUUAGAAGCACAUCUCCUACAAGAGCUAGACUCGACCAUAAAUUUAGAAUCCCAACAAAUUGAGCAAGCGGUUUCCCUUCUGCAGAAAAAAAUAUGCACUUUGAAAGAAUAUAAAAACCACAUUUCUGUCAUCACUGACAUUGCUACAGAUAUUCAAGCGUUUAUAGCCCUAAAAGAAAUACACAGAAAUGUUGUUCAUGAAGAAGAAACAAUGUUAUCUGUUAAGGAAGCGACGGGUAUGAAGGAGAUCAGUGUACGAAUACAGUUUGUAAAAGAAAUCGAAGAACUAGUACAAGAAAUGAAAUCUAUGGGAAAUGUUGAACUUACAAAGAUAGCAACAAACAUGCACUUCCCUGGAACGAAAUCACAUCUUGUGAAAACCUUAUCAGAUAUUCAACCAGGAAAAGAAAAUAUCAAACUAACUUUUUUAACUAAAUUUCAGCUUCCCUUUGAUGUCGAUAUCAAUAUUUGUUCGUGUGUAAUAUUGCCAGAUGAACGAGUAGUCCUGGCAAACAACUCAAAUGAAGAAAAAGGAGGAAUACAUAUUUUUGAUAAAUGUGGGGAGUACAAGAAACAUAUUGUAUGUACAUCGAAACCUUUUGGACUUGCGGUCAUAAAUAAGUCCGAUAUUGCUGUAUCAUUUUAUAAAGAACAAUCAAUUAAAGUAUAUGAUUCAGAAAGUUUUAAGCAAAACCAACAACAACCUUCAGGUUCCGGAGUCCAAAGUGUAGUAGCCAACCAAUAUCUAACUGUGGCCGAGUUUUACGAGGAGAAAAAGACACAGCAACUAACCACUGAACAUCUGCAUAGCGAAACUGAACAAGCCCGUCAUGAAACUGACAAACUUCGACACGAUACAGACAAGACAAUUAAUUUGCUGACAACACAGAUUCAGGAAAAGUUUGAUGAAUUUGAGAAACGAAUGAAUUUUACUAACAUAUCACAACUUGAAGAAAGAUAUCGAAAUCUUGAGAAAAAUUAUACUGAAUUAGGACAGAAGUUUAAAACAUUACUAACCAAGUAUACCAACAAAGACAUUGAACUGAACGUUUUGAGAAACAAGACGAUGGCACUGGAGAAAUCGCUCGACAUUGUUGAAAAUUCAAACAAUGUGCUUGGAGUUAAAUUAAAAGCACUGGAGGAUAAGCUUGAUAAUAAAUCCAUAGAACUUAGUCGCGAUGUUUUGGACUUGAAAAAUCUGAAAAAUAUUGAGCCACUUCGUAAUUUAUACAGUAUGCAACAACAACUUCAUAGUGUUUCUGCGCAAACUCAGAAUUUACUUGUAAAUGAGCAAGCUCGCAGUCAGGAUUUUUUAGCGCUUUAUAAUAAAACAAGGAUAUUGGAAACAAAAGUAACCACACAAUUUCGGAAUUUAGAAAACAAUCAAAACGUUAUCAGUGCUAACUUGACAUCCCAAGUGUAUGGUUUUGAAAGAAUACUGAACUCUACAUUGAAAGCCAAAUUGAAUGGAGUCAAUGAAACGAACGAUACAGUGUUGCUGACAUCCUGUGUAGCGCAAAGUGGACCCUUGACAGGAAUUAUAAAGUUCCCUAGUAUUCAGGACAAUAUCGGGAUCAAUGAGCUGUCAUCGUUUAUUUCUAGUGGACAAUUCACGUGUGAAAACCCUGGUCUUUACCAAGUAUUUGUUCGUAUAACAUCAGGUGUCGGGAACAAAUACUGUUCAGUUCAGAAGAAUGGUUCAGAGAUGUCGAAAAUAUAUAUUGCAGCACACAUAGGGGAUCCAUCAGACUGGCAUACUGGAAUUGGAUUAGCCAUACUAGAGUUAAAACUUGGCGAUGUUGUUUGGAUAGAGAAAGACAUAAGCUUUAAAAUCGAAACCGAUCCCUGGUCAUGUAUAACUAUCGUUAAGCUCAGAUAA